AUGUCCAUCCAAGAGCAAUUGCUAGACCACAAAAAACUAAUAAAGGAAUGGGAAAAGCUGUUCUUUGCAGAAAAUGGUAGAAUUCCUGACAAAGCUGACGUCAAAGCCAACAAGGACAUUCGCAAGGCUUACAAGACUUAUAACCAUCUAAAAGAGAAGAUCAAACGACAAGCGGUUGGAAUCUUGGACAAAAGGGACGAUGGCAAGGAAAAGGGGAAAAAAAAUUACUCGAAAGUUGCCGAUGCCCCCAUAAUCACCAAACACCAGCUUCUUAAUGUGUCUAUUGACCUAACAGAAGAUGAAGAUGAAGGCAUUGACGAAACCAUUGCAAAUGCGGAGUUAGGGCCUACUCCGCAGGCCAAUGGAAAGGUUCUCUCUAUAUUUGACAUGAUAAUGAGUCCUCCGGACUCGUCGCCGCUCAAACAGAAAAAAUAUUCCAUUGAUCACUUCUCGUCUCCUACAAAGGCUCCAAACUCUCAACAGGAGUUCAAAACACCCACCAGAGCUGCACUGAGAAUUCAAUUCACAUCAUUGACGCCAAGGGGAUCAAAUGGAAAACCCAGUCUUAUGGCAAAACUUCGAGAGGCAUCGUCACCGCAAAAAUCAAACAACAAGGAGAUUUUGGGAACCCCUACGAAAACAACAGAGAAUGUAGUGGAGACGCCAUUUUAUUUGGGCAAAAUAAACAACAAGUUUCUGUUCCGGGACUCUGCGGGUGCUUCGCCGGUUGAUAUAACCACCCCCACGAAAUCUUCCCCAGCUAUAGAGUUCCAAGUCUCUCCCUCACCAUUGAAACCCCAACGGAUGAUUUCGUUUGGAAGUACGCGUUCUGUAUCGGAGAUAUUUAACGAUAACCAGAGUUUUAAUAUUGAGGAUUUUGAGGAUCAGAAGAUUGAGAUCGAAAAGGAACUACAGCUCAUGGAGGAGGAGCUUGCAGAUGAUGAGGCAGAGCUAAUUCCUCAAUCUCGGAAACGAAAGGUCCUCACACAAAAGAGAACAACCAGAAGAUGGAAAAUUAAGCCCAAUGCGCCGUUGGACACGGAGGAUGCAUUUGAAGGCAAAGAUAUUCAUGAGGAGUUGAAAAAGCUUGACGAGACAGAACGCAAGAAGCACGCCUUGUAUAUGGAAGGAGCAAAGAACGAUAAAGAGGUAGAGGAAAAAGACGAAGAAGAGGAAGAAGAAGAAGAAGAGCAGGCACCUGUGUUGAAGAAGGUGGCAGGACCGAGAAGCGGAAAACCCAAGCCAAUCAGCAAUAAUUUCCAGAGAUUGAAGAUCAACGAUCCACGUUCGAAGAGGUUCAAACAGCGCAUGAGAAGAAGAUAG